AUGUCCAACAACAACAAGGUGAAGGGUCUCCUCAAAGGUCUAAGAUUCAUUUCUCAGAUGUUCGAUGAGAAAGAUGCAGACAUUCAGAUUGGUCAUCCCACAGAUGUAAAGCAUCUAGCACAUAUUGGAUGGGAUGGUCAAGGCCCCUCUGACAAUAACCCCUCCUGGAUGAACGAGUUUAAAUCUGUCCCAGGGAAUUCAUCUCACAGUAGUAAAGGAGAGAUGCAUAGCAAAGAAUCCAAUAGUUCAAUCCAAAGGUCCUCUGAAGAUUCGAUGGAAAGAAGUUCAAGAUCUGUGAAAGGUCGGUGUGAUGAGAGGCAGUCGUUGGAGUCGGGAAAAUGUAAACAUUCAAAUUCAACGGUUGGGAAUGUAAGAGAGUCUCAUGCAAAGGAAAAAUUCGACAGACCAAGGCGUACAAAAAAGACAUCAAAACCAUCGCAACAACCAAAUGAUUCAUGUCAAGCAUCGAAAGACACCGAGCACGAGAUGCAGACGGGUGAUAAUUCCCACCAACAAGAAGACACUGAUUUGGCGCCUAAAAAGUCACGUCCCAGGAUGACAAAAGAUGGUUCCACUGUUGGUGGUGCCUCUGCCAAAGCAAGAUCAAGAUCCGAAGGCCAUGGUAGACGUACCUCCAAAUUAGCUAGCAAACAUGAGUGUUUAGAAGAAGAUGGACACGAAGUUGAGACAAAGUCUAAAGAAGAUACGACCAAAAGUAUCCUAACUGAACAAUGAUAUUUCACACCUAGUGUCAAUCAAAUUUUUUCCAACCUAAAUUAGAGAGUUUUGUUUCUAUACUAGGUUGCUUAUCGGGUAGUUAAGGGUUGAAUUUAGAACUCUC